AGAGAAGAGAAGACAGAGAGAGAUAAAAGUGGGUGGCUAACUAGCACAAAACCUCACACCCCUCGUUUGUCUUUUCCUUUAUUGCUCUUCUCGUGUUCGCUCUCUCUCACUUGCGUUUCGCCGAAACCCUUCCAACUUCUACAGAAUCCCUUUCGCCAUGGAUAUUGAGGAGGACAUCCGUUCUUUGCAGCUCGACUCAGCAGCAGAAGACAAUAAUGGGGUGGUAAAUCCAGAGGAUGGAAAGCCAGAAGAAGUUGAGAAAUCUGAUAAGAUGGAUGAAGAUCCAAAACAGGAGGUUCAGGCACAGGUUGUUGAGGCUGAGCCAAAAGUGAAAGAUAAGGAAAUUUCUUCUGUUCAAGAGGAAGAUGAUGAACUGGAGACAAGGAAAAGACACUUGAAUGUUGUGUUUAUUGGCCAUGUUGAUGCUGGUAAGUCUACAACUGGAGGUCAGAUACUUUUCCUCAGUGGUCAAGUUGAUGAACGGACUAUCCAAAAAUACGAGAAAGAGGCUAAGGACAAAAGUCGAGAGAGCUGGUAUAUGGCUUAUAUAAUGGACACAAAUGAGGAAGAGAGGGUAAAGGGAAAGACAGUUGAAGUUGGAAGAGCACAUUUUGAGACAGAGACAACAAGAUUUACUAUUUUGGAUGCACCUGGUCACAAAAGCUAUGUUCCUAACAUGAUUAGUGGUGCAUCUCAAGCUGAUAUUGGAGUGUUGGUUAUUUCUGCUCGGAAGGGAGAGUUUGAAACUGGAUACGAGAGAGGUGGACAAACUCGUGAACAUGUCCAGCUUGCUAAAACACUGGGUGUGGCUAAGCUGAUUGUUGUUGUCAAUAAAAUGGAUGAGCCUACCGUGCAGUGGUCAAAAGAAAGGUAUGAUGAAAUUGAGUCAAAGAUGGUUCCAUUUCUAAAGCAAUCUGGUUACAAUGUGAAGAAAGAUGUCUUGUUUUUACCAAUAUCUGGUCUAAUGGGUAUAAACAUGAAAACUAGAAUGGAUAAAAGCAUUUGUCCAUGGUGGAAUGGGCCUUGCUUAUUUGAGGCUCUUGAUUCUAUUGUAGUUCCCUUGCGAGAUCCCAAAGGUCCUUUCAGGAUGCCAAUUCUUGACAAAUUCAAAGACAUGGGAACUGUUGUUAUGGGCAAAGUUGAAUCUGGUUCUGUUCGUGAGGGAGAUUCCAUGUUGGUCAUGCCAAAUAAGGAUCACGUAAAAGUUGUUGCCAUAUUCAUUGAUGAAGAACGCGUUAAACAUGUUGGACCUGGUGAAAAUUUACGGAUUAGAUUAUCUGGUGUUGAAGAAGAAGACAUAUUAUCUGGGUUUGUCCUGUCUAGUGUUGCUAAUCCAGUACCAGCAGUUACUGAGUUUGUUGCUCAGUUGGCGAUCCUUGAAUUGCUAGACAAUGCUAUUUUUACUGCUGGCUACAAGGCUGUUCUGCACAUCCACUCUGUUGUUGAGGAAUGUGAGAUUGUUGAACUCCUACAGCAAAUGGAUCCAAAGACAAAGAAGCCUAUGAAAAAGAAAAUUCUCUUUGUGAAGAAUGGUGCUGUUGUAGUGUGCCGUGUUCAGGUUCAAAACUCUAUUUGCAUUGAGAAGUUUUCUGAUUUUCCACAACUUGGGCGGUUCACUCUUCGCACUGAAGGAAAAACUGUUGCCGUGGGAAAAGUCACUGGUCUGUGAGUUUGUAACAAUUUUGACUUGAGGACGGGAAUACCUGCAUAAAUUGAUGGAGUGGCAGCUGAGGCUUAAUUGAUAGCAUCAAAGUUUACCAUAUAUUCAUUUCGGUAUUUGUUUUGCUUUUACUUGGGGUAGUAUUCAGUGAGGAGUUAUUUGUUGCCGCUGGUGCCCAUGUACUUGUAUACGGCCUUACAAGGCCAGUGUUUUGCGGUUGGCUGCUUCCAACCGUGCUACUCUAGAGAUAUAAUUUGGAAUGGAUGGUUUUAAAUCAAUCUGCCAUAUUAGCUGUGGAAUCUGAUGAUUAUUUUAGCCCACCAGCAGUUAAACAAAUUUCCUAGUCGCAGUUAGCAUAUUUCAUCUGAUAGUGAUAUAUGCUUUUUUUUAACGAGUCAUGUUGCUUAGUAAACGUGAUGGAAUUUUGUGGAUCUGGAAAUUUGCCCGUUGGGUUCACCGUCCUAUGACUAUAUAUCGAUUUAUUUGUCAAGAAAUACAACUUAAUGCGUUGAUGUU